AUGGCUUCGUUACCUCCAAUAUAUUCCUUUCCGCCGCUGUAUACACGUCAGCCUAAUUCCUUAACGAGACGGCAGCAAAUAAGCACAUGGAUAGACAUCAUAUCACAAUAUUGCAAGAGCAAAAGAAUAUGGUACAUGUCUGCUGAUGGUACUGUAAUCAAUGAUAGUACCCUAGAUGGUAGAAAUACAGAUGAUAAUGAUGUAAAGAAAACCUCGAAUAAUCUUUUCAAUAAUGAAGACAUUCAGAGAUCUGUACCACAGGAAUUCAUUGGUGAAAUUUGGUUACAAAUGGCAAAAGAAGGCAAGUGUUUACCAAUCGAUCAAAGCGGCAGGAAAAGUAGCAAUACCACAACUACGAGAUAUUUUGUACUAUGGAAGAGCGUAGAUAAUUGGGCUUCAUUGAUAUUGCAAUGGUUUGAAGACUGCGGGAAACUAAAUCAAGUCGUUACGCUAUAUGAAUUGAGCCAAGGUGAUGAGACAAUUAAUUGGGAAUUCCACGGAAUGCCAGAAAACCUACUAUAUUACUGUUUGAAGCCUUUAUGUGAUAGAAAUAGGGCAACGAUGCUGAAGGAUGAGAAUGAUAAGGUAAUCGCCAUUAAGGUUGCUUGA